AGGUUUUUACAUAUGUGUAGAUAAUUUACCUACAAAUGAAGAAAAUUUGCCACAUGUGUAGGUAAUUUAAUAUUUAAUUGAUUGCCAAUUUUGGGGGGAAAUUUUCCCACCAACACCAAGUGUGGCUAAAAUCCAUUACCAACACAUAUUAAGUGUUAAUCAUUUAUUAAAAUAUAUUAUCAACCAUUACCCACACAUAUACAAACAUGUGUAGGUAAAUACCCACACAUUUACAUGUGUAGGUAAAUUAUGUGUGGGUAAACACCCUAAUUUCUUGUAGUGUAAAAUUGAAAUUAACACAAGGUUAUAUAAUUAAACUGUAAUUAUUAUACCGACAUUUUUACCUUUUUAUUGCAAAAUUGUCACCUUAAAUUAUUAUUGAUAUGCAAUAUAAAUUAAAAUAAAAAAAAAUCAGGUUGACAGGAUUUUAUCUUUGUCAUCUAAAAAAACUUGAAGGGCUAAUCUUUUUAUUGUUUGUGUAUUGAGGUAUCAUUGUGUUGGUGAAACACGUUGCUUGCGAAGGAAGGAUAUUAUAGACACUCUUUAUGCUGCACUUCCACCCACCAUCGUUAAGUUUAGUUGCGAACUUGAAUCUAUAGAAUUAGACCCAUUUACUACUAAACCAAUUCUUAGGUUCAUUGAUGGAAACACAAUUAGUACAAAGGUUGUAAUUGGUUGUGAUGGUGGCAAGUCGAUUGUUGCUAAAUUCCUUAACCUCAAGCCUACAAAGAUGUUCCCGAUAUUUGCAGUUAGAGGCUUAACUAACUACCCACAUGGUCAUCCCUUCGGUCGUGAGUUUACUAGGUUUAAGAAAGAUGGCAUGCUUGUGGGUAGAUUACCGAUCGACAAUAACAUGAUUUAUUGGUUCUCUGCGCAGCCAUACAUUCCUAAAGAUGAAAGAAUUUGGAAAAAUCCUGAGGUAAUACGGCAAUACACCAUGGAGUUGCUAAGCAACUAUCCCCAAGAAAUUCAAGAAAUGGCUCAAAAUGUAGAGAUGAACUCAUUGUCUUUUACGCACUUAAGAUAUCGUCACCCAUGGGACUUGCUAAUGGGGACAUUUUUCAAAGAAACGGUGGUGGUUGUUGGCGAUGCUAUGCAUGUCAUGGGUCCCUUUUUGGGACAAGGUGGGUCUGCAGCUCUAGAAGACGCGGUUGUAUUAGCUAGAAAUAUGGCUCAAGUAGGUUUAAACCAUGUUGAGAGCGGAAGUAAAGUCAUUGUCCAUAGAGUUGGGAAAGCAUUUGACCAGUUUGUAAGACAACGAAGGAUCAGAGUAGUUCGACUAUCACUGCAAGCUUACCUUAUUGGCACGUUGUUGGUUUCUUCUUCGCGUCUAAAGAGGAUAUUAUGGAUCAUGUUAUUAUUUCUUCUAUUUCCAAACCAGAAUAGUCAUAUGGAUUAUGAUUGUGGUGAUCUUUGAUGCGUUCCAAGAUAUUUAUACUUGUUUCAUGAA